AUGGGCAAGAAUACCGACGACAGGCCGGCCUACUUGAGCACCGAUGACGCCAAGUACUCCCUAGGUGUUCAUCGUGGACCAUUGGCCCCCGCGAGCGAUGACCCCAAAUUGGAACAGGUUCAGUCCGCUGGCGGCAUCUCGUUAGCUACCAAUCGAUCCAAGAAGGAGAAGUUUGCGCGUCAUUGGAAGCGUUUCUGGUGCUGCUAUCUCAUCGGAAAUGUCAUCUUCCUCGCCAUCUUCCUCCCCGUCUUCUUCCUUGUCGCAAUUCCCGCCAUCUCUCAGCUGGUCGUCAACAAGUCCGACCUGGUCCUCGUCAAUGCUGCGGUCAUGCAACCGCGCGCCGAGUCCAUCCAGUUGACCCUGGAAUCAGCGCUGAACUUGAAGAUCGCCCUGCCUGUUCGCAUUGAGCCCAUCGUGCUGGAUCUGUUCGUGCGCGAUACUGGAUCCGAUGCGCCAUGGGGCAACGUCACCAUCGCUGGCAAGACUAUCAAAGGAAACACCACCCUCGGUGUCACUAACGUGCACACGCCCCUCAUCAACACGACCACCUGGACCAGCUAUGUGCAUAACGUCGUCUUUGAUAAAUAUACCGCCUUGUCACUCAAGGGCCCGACUAACUCCUAUCUGGGAGUGUUGAAGUCGCCUGUGGUCAUGGACAAGGACGUCGUCUCGCCGACCCUGAAUUCUUUCGAUGGUUUCAGUAUCACCGACAGCGCUCUGCAUCUUCCCCCGAAAGCAGAUGGCACGAAUCUGGUCGGCAACGCCACGUUGCCCAACCCAUCCGUGCUCACCAUUGAGAUCGGCACAAUCACCCUCGAUAUCAACCCGGGGACAACAAGCACCCCCCUCCGGGCCGUUCUGGACUUUGACACCAUUUUUGAGAACCUGGGCACUGUUCUCAAAUCCCAGGCCAGUCUUUUGAAGACUGGCAACCUGACCUUGGAUACUAUCACCAAGUCGGUCGUCUGGGAGAAUAAGACCGUGCCUUACUAUACCAAGGUCAUGUCCGGGCUGACGCUUCCGGCCCAGGUGCCCCUGAUGGACACCCUGAAGAAUACUUUACACAGCCUCAACUUAACCGAGCUCGCGGCAUACGCCAAGUCAAAUAGCACUGGCGGCGGGCUCCUGGGCACCCUGGAGAACGAUCUCAAGAAUGCGGAUUCCGAUUCCGGCUCCGGCUCCGGCCUCUCAUCUAUCUUGAAGAGAAACACGCACAUCCGCGAAGCUCUCAAGAAUAUCCACCCGGUCAAGCGAGACGCCGCACUGGACUCACUUGCCAAUCUCUACAUGAAGCUCUGA